GGUUCAGGUGUGUGUAUAUAAAGAGUGCAGCAGCCUCCUGUCAUCACUGCAUCACUUAGCUACCUGAACAACAUCAGCUCACAUUUACCUGACAGAGAACAAUCUGUUGAUCGUCACCAUGAAGACUGUCCUGGUCCUCUCCAUUCUCCUCUGUGCUGCAUUUGCAGCUCCAGCUGAAGAACAGCAAAAGGCUCCAGAGGAGGCUCCCAAAGAAGAGAUGGCUGCUGCUCCUGAGAUGGAGGACAUGAUGAAGAAAGAUGAGGAAGUAUCUGUGCCAGUAGAUUCUGUUCCUGAGGCAGCAGCACCUGAAUCUCGUUUUAACUUCUGUCCAGACGGGUGGUUCAGCUACAACUCUCGCUGCUUCAAGUUCGUCAAUUCUGCCACGUCCUGGUACAGUGCUGAGGAGCAUUGCAACAGCCUGGGUGCCCACCUGGCCUCAGCCACCAACCCCAGAGAAUACAGCUUCCUCCAGCAGAUGACACAGACAGCCGGUCAGAGCUUUGCAUGGCUGGGAGGCUUCAACCUGCAGGGCCGGUGGAUGUGGAUUGACCGUGAGGGUUUCUAUUACACUAACUGGUACUCCCAGUCCUCCACCAGCAGCUACCCCUGCAUCUACUUACGCUCCACCACUGGAUGGAGUAACUCCCAAUGUAGCUCUGCUCACCGCUUCAUCUGCUCCAAGAACCCGUUCAACUGUUAACAAACAUACUGAACAUCUGGAGCCUUGGCAUGGAUGGAGUUUUCCAUUGUGUAUUUCUAAAAGGGUCAAAUGAAUCAUUUAUUAUUGAAUCGUUCAUAAAAUGAAUUAAGAUUUUUCAAUGUUCAGUAAGUGUUUUACUAAAGCCUUUUUUUUGUUUGUGACUGUAGCAGUAGGUUUCUUUUCCAGAAUAAAGACUUCUAA